AUGUCAGAAUGGGUCGAGAAAACUGAGAAAUUAAUGAAAGAAGACUUAGAUAGGUUAGAAAUUAAUUUAAGAAGAAUCCGCAGCAAUCAAAUUUCUUUAGAAGCAAUUGAAGAACUGUCUAUUGAACACCAGGGGAAAAGACAAAAAAUCAAGCAAUUAGCCAUUUUGAAAAUUAAUCCUGACCGGCAACUGGUUGUCCGCAUCUUUGAGCCAAAAAAAAUCCAGGUAAUUAAUAAAGCAAUUUUAGAAUCCCAGUUAGGCUAUCAACAAAUUAAAAUGGAAAAAGAUGAACUUUAUUUUUCCUUAGCUCCAAUGACCGGAGAAAUUCGUCAACAAUUAAACAAAAAAGUUAAAGAAAUUGCCGAACAAGGAAAAUCUGCUUUGCGAAUUAGUCGCCAAAAAAUUCGUGAAGAAGUUCGUAAUUUAGCGAAAAAGAAAGAAAUAUCUCAAAACGAACAAAAGUUAACUGAAAAAGAAAUUGAAAAAAUCAACGAAAAAUACUUAAAAAAAAUUCAAGAACUCCAAGUUAAAAAAGAAAAAGAAUUAACUUUAUAA